AACCAGAUUUAAAAUAUAGAAUCUUUAAAUUGUGAAUUUAAUUAUCAUCAUGAUAGAAUCAAGUGACGACCAUGGACGCCUUCCAUUGGAGUUGGUAAGUAAUAUCUUGGUUAGGCUACCGGCUGAAGAUCUUAUGGAUUAUUGUAAGUUCGUUUGUAAGCGUUGGCGUGAUGAAAUCAAUACCCCGAAAUUCAUUGAAUCUCACAAUCGGCGCAUAUUUAACAACGGUAAUAAUAUUAUUAAAAGCAUCGUGUUAUAUUCUACGUAUAAGGAAACCCUAAUGUGCAUUGAUUUCCAUUCUAACGGUCAUAUCAAGAUUAACCCAAUAAUUCAUAAUGUCAAUAGUGUAGACAUGACACCGGUUCUCGUUGGUUCUUGUACUGGACUUCUAUGCUUUGCAUGUUAUGAUCGAAAUACUAACAUGGCUAAAUCUUUUUCGGUUUACAACCCGAUUACCGGUGCCUCGAAACUUGUACCAUGGUUGGAACAACAUGGUCUAAACCCUAAUUUCCGUAAUGGGUUUGGUUAUGAUUGUACGAGUGGUGAUUAUAAGAUUUUAUGCUUUGCCCUAGACGAGACAGAAACACCAAGAACAAUAUGUACUUGUGUUUACAGCUUCAACACCGAUUCAUGGAAAGUCAAUAAAGAACCUUGUCCACUUCCAUUUGGAUUAUCUCAGGGUGGUAUUGUCUUUUCCAAUAAUGCUUUGCAUUUCAUAACUUUGUCUUCAGAUAUAAUAAAGAUAAUAGGGUUUGACCUAGGAACAGAAAAGUUUCACGAGAUUCCAUUGCCCGUGUCACACACUAGUAUGAUUUAUUGUGCUCAACAAAUUGAGCUAGCUAAUUUAAGGGGAUGUUUGCAUUUGGUAACAACAACAACGGAGGUAUGGGUUAUGAAAGAAUAUGGUGUUAAAGAAUCAUGGACUCAAUUGUUUCACUAUGAUAUUCUAUCAUCUACGAUAACUGAUUAUAAAGCAAUGUUGAGAUGGGGGAACGAAAAGAUAAUGCCGUGUGCUUAUUCAGAGGACGGUAGUGAAAUUCUAGUAGUGAUAGGGACUUACUCUAUCAACAGGUUUUUCUGUUUGGAUGUUCAUACUCUACAAUUGAGGAAACUCGAAAUUUCUACUUCACAUGAAUGGGAUUGGUCACGCUGGGAAGGUGUUAUGCCAUGGGUUGGUUCCUUUGUUUGCCCCUCAACUAUGUACAAGGGAUCGAGUCCAUACAUAGAACAAUAGACCGCGUGGAAGGAGACAAUUUUCUAUGUACAACCAGUUUCACCAGGAGUAACAUAACAUAACGUAUCAGAUCCAACACUAUUUCUUUAAUAUUUGCCCAUGAGAGAUGUAAUCUCAGUACAAGUGCAACAAUUUUUAAUGAUGUUUAAUAUGUUUUAUUGUCAUA